GUUGGGGGUUGGGGGCUUGUAAUAGUCCUUGAACUCAUGAUCUCACCAAAGAACCUUAUCCUUCCCCUCCAAAAACCAAUGGUACACAUUCCUUUCCUACCAAAGAUAUUUUCUUCACUUGCUUUGACACUUUGAUAAGCUAGUCAUUGUCUUCUCCUCCAAAAAGUGCCUAAAAACACCAACCUCCACCCUUUCCCAAACCAAUAUCCAUGACCAAACCCACAUCUUCUUUGACCCACUCCCACCAUAACUCUACAUCCAAGUCUGCUAGAUCCAACCACCUUCAUUGAAUUCCAUGGCUGCACUCUCAACGGGCCAUUGUUUUCCUUGUAGAAGCUGGUCAACACAAGAACUCAAGAUCAAGAAAUGUCCAAGAAUUCUCUUUAGUAUUAUAUCCUGCCGAAGACCGAUCGAUCUGUUAACCUCAGAAACAAAGAAGGAAAAGGAGAAGGAAAAGGAGAAGAAGGGAUUGUUGCCAAAACUUAUUAUAGUCAGUGUUGAGAAUUUCGGGAAGAAAUUGAAGGAUAACUUGAGUCCAAAGCAGAAGGGUGACUGGAAGGACUUGAUGUUGAUGAGUUUAUCAUUUGCAGUGUAUGUGUAUAUGUCUCAGAAGAUAGUUUGUGCCUAUUGUGCUUGGACCUCCAUGGCCAAGCAACCUUGGUAGAACAGCUUAAUAAAACAACAGUAUUAUGUGCA